AUGGAAGAAGAGGACAAGAAUCUCAGUCAGGGGAUAGACAGCUAUUAUUUAAUCAAUUCAAGCCGUAUGUUGUUUCUUUUUUGUUUAUUGAACAAGCCAGCAUAAGAUCAAAUACUAACAUCUGGUAAGGAAAAUACAAUCUAUCAAAUCCAUCACCAUUAGAUAAUUUAUUGACCUUAUAUGGUUUAGAACCAGUUGCUAAAUCACUCGCAAGGACAAACCCCGAUGGGUCGAAGGGAGUUAAAUUAAGAAAGUCGUAUAAGAAUCAUAUUCAAGAUUUACCAGGAAAGCACCAAAUUCCACCACUGAAGCCAGUUCCUGGAUCUUUGUUGGAUCCUUCAAUAUCACAAGCACCAGAUUUGAUUAAGUCAUUGGAUGCAGAGUUGUUAAAUCAAGCAUUAAAGUUUGAGAAAACUUCAAUCAACGGCAUACCUGGUUUUAAUACCUCAGAUUUGGCCAUAAAUGACCAGCAAACAUUAAUGAGAGGUGAUGAUAUGUCGGAGAAUGAUGAAUUUGGGAGCUCCAAGAAGAAUAAGCGUAAGAAGAAGUUGCAGCCAAAUGGUGGUGACAUAAAGAGACAACAUGUAUAA